CUGUUGUUGACCACAAAAUGCGGUGAAUGGUCCUUGCUGCUUCGCUGGUCUCCAAAAAACACUCGGUGGACGAUGGCUGGCCCAGGGAAGGGAGCACUCCAGUGACACGCGGCUGAUUGGGAAACGAUUGUAUUCAACCGAUGUCAGGGUGAUGUCUCUCCAAAAGGAUCUUCCUGGUCACGGACGAAUGGCCCUUCCAUAUUUUAAGAAAGCCAUCUCACGGUUGGGCCUGCAACACCUGGGGCCGCUGCAGGUAGCCCCGCCUCCCGCCUCCAAUGGCCCCGCCAAGGAGCUUCGCACCCGCAUGGACUGGACGGAGAACGCCGUCAACGACGACCACCUGUGGAUGGAGACCAGCUGCUCGGGCGAACUCUGCUACCUCGGGGAGGACGCCUGCCUGCUCAAGGCUGCGAAGUCUGCGCCCAGGAGGAAGUGCGCCGCCUGCAAGAUCGUCGUCCACACCAGCUGCACCGAGCAGCUGGAGAAGAUCAACUUCAGGUGCAAGCCGACCUUCAGGGAAGGAGGCUCGCGGUGCCUGCGAGAUAACGUGCUGAGGCACCACUGGGUGCACCGCCGGCGCCAGGACGGCAAGUGCAAGCAGUGCGGGAAGAGCUUUCAGCAGAAGUUCUUCCACAGUAAAGAAAUCAUCGCCAUCAGCUGUUCGUGGUGCAAGCAGGCUUUUCACAACAAGGUCACGUGCUUCAUGCUGCACCAGAUCGAGGAACCGUGCUCGCUGGGCGCCCACGCCGCCGUCAUCGUGCCUCCGUCCUGGAUCAUCAGAGUCAGGAAACCGCAGAGCUUGCUCAAGAACUCGGCCAGGAGGAAAAGGCGCACGUCUUUCAAGCGCAGGACCAGCAAGAAGGGGCUGGACGUAAGCGACACGGAUGGCGACUUGCACGUGACCUCCCUCCCGGCCGCCCGUGGCGCUGACGUUCCCUCCCUCGCCCUCCCUCAGGAGUCCAAAUGGCGGCCGUUCAUGCUGAAGCCGCUGCCCUCGCCGCUCAUGAAGCCCAUCCUGGUCCUCGUCAACCCCAAGAGCGGAGGCAACCAGGGCGCCAAGCUGCUCCAGAUGUUCAUGUGGAUCCUGAACCCGCGGCAAGUCUUUGACCUGUCGCAGGGCGGCCUUCGGGAGGCGUUGGAUUUGUAUCGCAAAGUGCCAAACUUGAGGAUCCUGGCCUGCGGUGGAGACGGCACGGUGGGCUGGAUCCUGUCCACGCUGGACGAGCUACAGAUGAAGCCGCAGCCUCCGGUGGCCGUCCUUCCUCUGGGAACAGGAAACGACCUCGCCAGGACGCUCAACUGGGGCGGGGGCUACACGGACGAGCCCGUGUCCAAGGUUCUGGGCCAGGUGGAGGACGGCUCGGUGGUGCAGCUGGACAGGUGGAACCUGCAGGUGGAGCAGAGCCACGGCGCCGAGCGGCAGCUCCAAGACGGCACGCAGAAGCUGCCCCUCGACGUCUUCAACAACUACUUCAGCCUGGGCUUCGACGCUCACGUCACGCUGGAGUUCCACGAGUCCAGAGAGGCCAACCCCGAAAAGUUUAACAGUCGCUUCCGCAACAAAAUGUUCUACGCGGGGGCCGCCUUCUCCGAUUUCCUCCAGAGAAGCUCGAGGGACUUGUCCAAGCACGUCCGAGUGGUGUGCGACGGCACCGACUUGACUCCCAAGAUCCAAGAUUUGAAAUUCCAGUGCAUCGUCUUUCUAAACAUUCCCAGGUACUGCGCGGGCACCAUGCCCUGGGGGAACACCGGCGACCACCGCGACUUUGAGCCGCAGCGUCACGACGACGGCUGCAUCGAGGUCAUCGGCUUCACCGUGGCCUCGCUGGCGGCCCUGCAGGUGGGCGGUCACGGCGAGAGGCUCCACCAGUGCCGCGAGGUGGUCCUCACCACCUUCAAGACGGUGCCGGUGCAGGUGGACGGCGAGCCGUGCCGACUGGCGCCGUCCACGCUGCGCAUCUCGCUGCGCAACCAGGCCAACAUGGUCCAGAAGAGCAAGAGACGCACCUCGGUGCCGCUGCUCAACGACCCCCACGCCGUCCCCGAGCGGCUUCGGCUGCGGGUCAACCGGAUCGGCCUGCACGAGUACGACCGCUUGCAGUACGACAAAGAGCGGCUGCGGGACAUCUCGGUUCCGGUGGGCAUCGUGGUGGUGAGGGGCGACUGCGACUUGGAAACGUGCAGACUCUACAUCGACAGACUGCGAGAGGACUUGCAGCAGGCGCCCUCUCUUGGCCACAGAGUGCAUUACCAGGAUGAGAGCCGGGGGAUGCCUCGGACCACCUCGGCUGGCAGACUCUCUUCCAGCUGGAGCUUCUUGGAUUCCACAUCGGCCGACCGCUUCUAUCGCAUCGACAAGGCCCAGGAGCACCUUCACUUUGUCACGGAAAUCUGCCAGGACGAGGUGUUCAUCCUGGACCGCGAGGGCCCGGCGGGGGGCCGGGUGUCAUCGGCCGGGAUGCCCGACCUGGUGGCGGAGCCCAGCGCCGGCGCGCCGUUGACUCCCGAGGAACAAGCGCUGUUGACGGCGGCGAGCGCCGGGGAUCUCUCCACGUUGUCGGAGUGCGUGCGUCACGGCGUCAGCCUGCUGGUGCGAGACGGCGCCGGUUGCUCGGCCCUGCAUAAAGCCGCGCGGAAAGGACACGCCCAGCUGGUGGUCUUCAUCCUGCAGCAGGGAUCCAAAGUGCUUCUCGACUUGCCCGACGGAGAAAAAGGGGACACGGCCUUGCACAAAGCCGCUUGGGAGAAGCAGCACGCCGUGUGUCGGCUGUUGGUGGAGGCGGGCGCGUCGCUUCACAAAACCAACUUUCAGGGGAAGACCCCGGUGGAGCAGGCGGCGGGCGACCUGGAGCUGACCUCCUACCUGAGCAGCCAAAAAACACCUUCGGCCCCCCACGAGGACUUGGAGACGGCAGUCUGACGCAAACACCCACGCGCUUUUCACGCUGGGGCGCAGGUUCCACGUCAGCGGGCGCUUUCUGGCCCGCCCGGCUGUUUAUUUUCUAUUAUUUAUUGAUCGAGACAGGUAUUUAUUGCGAGCGCGCUUUGGAGAGCGGCCGACGUGCUGAAGUGUUUCCACCCGUGCGAGCCUGAGUGGCUCACGGGAACAAGUAUUCUUUCGCGGCUCCAAAAGCUACGACUAACAACGGAGCGGAAGCCGAGAUGCCAAACGAGUGACAUUCGCAAACAUCAAAAUAUAAAUGAAAUCUUCUUUGAAAGUGCCAAGUGUCCAAAUGGCACAGCUCAAUCAGAACUGCGUCUUUAGACCGCUUUUACAUUUUUCACUUGACUUCCGCUCCAAACAUUGCCAUCCAAGUUUGUGAAAAGGAUAUUUAAGGUGAAGCCAUCAUAUCCGAUCGACUUUGCAGCUGCCGUCCAACUCAUUCUGAGCCAUGUAAAAUGAGCAGAUGGCAUGUCGCUGCAUUUCUCCGCUAAUCGUUUACAUUACAUGAAUGUUUUUAGUGUUGCACUGAGGGAGGUACAGUGCCGUACCGUACUUGGGCGCCGCUUGGCUUGGAGAUUGUCUUCUCCUUUUCGGACUCGAGCCUUUUUUCUCAUCAAUACAUCAGAGAAGAACUUUGGCACGGUAGAGAUGACUCGCAUGUAACGACGACGGCCCUUUUGCAGUUUUUCCGCUCAGUUGUGAAUUGAACCCAAGUGAGUGAUUUGAUGGAAAUCGAUUGAAAAACAAAACAAAAAGUGCCACACGUGCAUCUCAAGGCGAAUGUACGGCGAUAACUUGAACCGCAAAGUCGGACGAGUUGACUCGUUUUAAGCAGGACUGGGAUGGAAUGACAAUGAAAAUAGUUUGGAUGGGGUGAACUGAAUGAAAAGCUUGUUGUACAGUUUUGUGUUGAAAGACCAAUUGUUUAUUUUGGGCGCACCUAUGCUCCAAGAAAGAUAUUUGAUUUUGAUUUGCUCGACUGAUAUGCACACGACGAUGGCUGCUUGUGGGCGGGCGGGGCCUGCCUCUUCUAAUCCACGCAUUUAAUCGAAACUUUGUAUUCCGUUUAUUCUCACUAGCGUUGGUUCUGCAUGGCAUUUUCUGACCUCACAAUUGAAUCUUUUCCAGUAUUGGCAUAAACAUCAUUCUUAUUGUGAAGAUGAAUCUUAUUGUUUCAACUAUUAAAUGAUUGUUUGGAGUGUUUCAUAUCCGGGCUUAUUUUUGUAUCGCUGCUGAAGAUGACUUGAAGUGCUUUAUUUGGAAGAUGAUGCUGUUUCUCUUGUUGGAAUGCAUGUUUUCUCUUUUUCCAUCGUCACAAUCAUCCAUACUUAUUUCUGCUUUCUGGUCCCGGGAAUCUACAAAUAUGGACAGUCUACUUCAUUUUAAAUAAAAGUUACACGCUGAAA